AUGGCAGAAAAAAGACCGAAAAUCGGUCAAAAUGACUUGAUAAAAUUUGAUAGAGCCAAGGAGCUCAAUAAACAUUUAGAAAAAAUCCGCAGUGAUUACACGCGGGAUUUAAGUGAUAAGCUCAAGCCAGUUCGUCGAUGUGCUACUGCACUGUAUUUUAUUGACAAGCUCGCAUUAAGAGCAGGAAAUAAAAAAACUGACAAAAAAGCAGAUACUGUGGGUUGUUGUUCCCUCAGAUGUGAACAUAUUACUUUGGUACCACCAAGGACAGUUGAGUUUGAUUUCUUAGGUAAAAAUUCAGUAAGAUAUGUAAACUCAGUAGAAGUAAUAGAUCAAGUUUUCAAAAACCUCGGAAUAUUUAUGAAGAAUAAGGAAUCCAGUGAAGAGUUAUUUGACAGAUUAAUGGCUCAAGAUUUAAAUGAACAUUUGUCUGAAUACAUGAAAGGACUAACCAUCAAAGUAUUUUGUACAUACAAUGCAUCUUGUACCUUCCAAAUUGAGCUAAAGAAAGGGAUGGAGAAUGCUACUACUAUAAGAGAGAAAAUAGUAGCAUAUAAUAAAGCAAACAGACAGGUUGCUAUUUUAUGUAACCAUCAACAUUCUGUCAGCAAAGAUCAUGAUAAUAAUCAAAUCAAUAAAAUUGACAAUAAGGUUCAUGCUUUGAAAUACCAAAGAAAUAGAUGUGAAAUGGAAUUGUUGAAUCUUGUCCCCAGAUUAAAAAAGAGCAAGCCUCAACUAUUUGAACCAGAAUUAGACAUGGAAGAGGAAUGGAUAAUUGAGCAUGAGAAGCAAUUGAUGGAAGGGGAAUGUUUGGCAGCUGUAAAAAAAUUUGAAAGAGAUAAUGAAAAGCUUACAGGAGAAGGAAAGUCACCUAAACCUGAUGAGAAUCUCAAACAAUUAUUAAAAAACAUUGAUGAAAAAGAGAAGGUGUUGAAGAAUGAAUGA